UUUUCAUUUUUAAUUGAUGUUUGUUCUGAGUUUGAUGUUUGUUUAAAAUUUGUUCUGAUUUUAUUUAAAAUAUUAUUGAUGUUCUGUUCUAUUUUUGUUCUGAUUUUAAUUGUUUGUUUGAUGUUUUGUUCAUUUUUUUGUUUUUACAUUUAUUCUGAUUUAUUUUUUGUUUUGUUAGUUUGUUUUUAUUGUUUUGUAUUUUUGUUUGAUGUUUUGUUCUGUUUUUACCUUUAUUCUGAUUUUAUUUUGUUUUUGUUUUAA